AUGCGCGGCGGGGCGCCACCGCGAGUGGCCGUCAGAGGGCACCUGCUGCGCUCAGGCCGAGGCGCGCGAACAGAAGCCGAGAUCUGCGAUGCGAGAUCGCGAACCACGACGCGUCCUACUCAGCACUUCGAUCAGGCGCGGAGCACGAUGCGGUGGCGCGUCGCGAGAGGGCUCGCGGGCGCGUACGCCGCCGCGGAGGCGUGGUGCUUCACGUCGCAUCGCUACCGCGUCGCGGACAUGGACUCCGCGAAGAGCCGCAAGCUCGAGGAAGGUUUCGACUACGAGGGCCACUACCGAUGGUUCGCCAGGGAGUUAAAGCACGAGCCGAACCCGCGACGGCUGUUCACGGACGCGUUCAACGACACGCCCCCGGAGUCCAUCCCGCGAAGGAGCGCCGUGGAGAUGAUCUCGUACUUCCUCACCGCGAAGGAGACGGACGAGUUCGAGGGAGGGGAGUACCCGAGCGACGUGACGCGCAAGUCCGAGGCGCUUCUGAGGAGUCUGGAGAAGACGAGCGGGCUGAAGUUUCGCGCGGACGACGCCGCGGGCGAGGGAGGGGCGGGGGAGAGGAGAGAGAAAGAGUCGACGACGACGACGACGACGACGACGACGACGACGACGACGACGACGUCGAAACCGAAACCGCCGCCGACGCGCGCGAGCGCGAUCCGCGACUGGCUCGUCUUCGGCGGCGGCUCGUCCCUCGGCGGCGUCGAGGCGGAGAACGACCUCGCGGACGGGAUCGAUUUCAUACGCACGAACCGCUUCGAGCUCAACGCGUAUUACAAACCGAUUCCGCUGCGCGCGGUGAUCGCCGGCUUUCGCGCGUACUCCGCGCGGCGAUUACGAAACGCGGGGUUCCGCGCGGUGAAGGACGACGCCACGGGCGCGGUGCUGUGGACGCGGGGGGUGGAUGUGAAUACGAACCGUCGCGGCGGCGACGGUUCGGAUCCCGACGCCGACGCCGACGCCGCUUCGGACGACGACGACGGGGAGAAGACGAAGACGCGUCGUCGUCGAGUCGACGCGGAGCCGUACGAUCCGAUCGUAUUUCUCCACGGCCUAGGCAUCGGCAUCGCGCCGUACGCGGACUGGAUCGCGUCGCUGCCGAGGGACCGCCCGGUCGUCGCCCCGGAGUGGCCGAACAUCUCCUACGGCGCGGACGUGGGGCAUAGGUACCCGCAUCCGGGCGAGUUUGCGGAUUUUCUCGAACGCGCGACGACGGAGGCGGCGCGCGAGGCGAGGGCGGCGUUGGCCGAGGGAGAACCGAAGAGAGGGAAGAAGGAGAGGAUGACGACGACACCGCGGCGGCACACGUGCGACGUCAUCGCGCACUCCUACGGCACCGUCGUCCUCACCGCGUUUCGUCGGCAUCACCCCGACAGCGUCCGGCGAUGCGUCUACGUGGACCCGGUGUGCUUCCUCCCUUCGUUCGGGUCUUACCUGCGAUACGGCCACGACGACCACCUCGCGACGUGGACGGAGAUGCUCGAGCACUUGUUCGCGCGCGCGGCGGACCCGGGCGAGCCCAUGAGCGUCGCGAACCUCGUCCUCGCGUCGUGGUUCGUGAAGGGCGACGCCAAUGUGCAACAGCUGAUGAAGCGCUUAAUAUUCCCGCACGAAUCGUGGGAACGCGGGCCGCUGUGCGAGCGCGACAUGGUCGUGUUGAGCGGACUCGACGACAUCGUCGCGUCCGACGAGAUACACGCGCGGUUCACGCGCGCGUGGCCGAAGUGCGCGGUCGUCGUGCAGCCGCAGUGGCAGCACGGCGGGUUUCUAUUGGAGCCGGAUCCCGACGGCGUCAACGCGGGCAUCGUCAACUUCGCGACGGGGUCGACGCCGAGGGCGCGCGCGCGCGGGGCGGGCGCGGGCGCGGCCACGGGGGGGGUGAAGCGCGCGUGGCAGAUGGCGUUCGCGAAGAGGAAGAAGCGGAACGACGGCGCGGCGGCGGCGGCGAGGGGGAAGACGAAGUCGGACGCGGAGGACGCCGCCGCGGCGGCGGCGGCGUGAGUUUGCUUUGAUCGAACAUCUCGAAUAAUAAUACGAGUACACGUAUCAAUAACAACGCGACGCAACUCGACAACC